GUACCUAAUGAGGAAGAUACUGUAAAGCUCCUCAAGGAAUUGCACAAUAUGGAGAAAGAAUUAAAGGUUGAACUCGCUCAAUCUCCGCGGCAGUUACCAAGUGAAAUAAUGAGUUACGAGGGAGGUGAAAAAAGUCACAUCCAACCAAUGGGUGACACAAUCGAGGAGGUCAACCACAACAGCAAAGUUGAUGCGGCGCUAUUUCAAGGCGAUAUGGUCCUCACCAAAAAGCAAGCCGAGGAGCUUAUGGGAGAUAUCAAAGCGAAUAGAGGCAAUCGUAACAAACGACAGGCCUUCCGUGAUAGUAGGUAUCCAAAAACGUUAUGGACAAACGGAAAUGUAUACUUCUCAUACGGCUCUAAUGCAUGUUCGUCUUCCCUAAUGUUCUUAUUCGCACCUAAAUCCGAGGCAGCGAAGAGAGUGUUCGAAAAAGCUGCUUAUAUGUGGUCUACUGAGACUUGCAUUGCCUUCGGUGAAAGUAGUACAGCUACCGAUAGAAUUGAGCUCAUAAAAAAUGGUGGAUGCUGGUCACAUGUUGGACGAAUUGGAGGUGUACAGGCCCUCUCUCUUGGGCAGGGAUGCGAAUCGAUAUUGAGCGCAACCAACUAUCAAACACUUGAAGAUACAGUCGGUGAAGCGGGUGCAAAAGAAGCAAGAGACGAAUUUACGAUGUGCAAUUACUGGAUCCAAGCACCAGCUGGUUCAGCAAUUGAGGUGGUGUAUGACAACUUUACGAGAGGCCAUGGCAUCGAUGGUUGUCCGUAUGCAGGAGUUGAAAUAAAAACAGGAAGCGACAUUCGUCAUACUGGAUACAGGCUUUGCUCUUCGAAAAAUGUUAGCACAACAUUGGUCUCUACACGAAACAUCGUUCCCGUGAUUACUUACACGAGACUCUAUCAAGUCAAAACCGUUUUACGUUAUCGAAUCGCUUCCUCUGGUCCAGUAACUUCUGGGACAACUUCUGGUAAAACAUGUCGCUCUACACCACAACCAACAUCUCUUCGAACAUCCAGGCCAUCAGCUUCUGCUAAGCAGCCAGCGACACCGAUUACUCGUACAAUAUCUCCUCCCAACCCCCGCUGUAGGGACGACAAUGCGUGCGUAACAGUUAUCAUACUUCAUAUUUUUGGAAAACCUUAA